AUGGCUAAAACAUGUGGAAAUGUUGCUUCACAACAGUAUACACGUAUAUCGGAUAUUGUCAACGAACCGCAAGAGAUGCUCAUGCCAAUUGAAGGAUACGAAGAAAUGCCAAUAGUACCACUGGAGGAAGCUGUUGCACCACUUAUUUCGAUUUUACCUAAAAUUCAAACUUAUAUUUAUGUGGCGAAGCAACGGUGUAAAUCCGUACCUCCAGAUGAUUUAACACAGGAUGAAUCAGCUUCAAUCAUGCUUUACUCCAUGGAAUGGAAACCACAUAAAGAAUGUUUAUAUUUUGCUCUCAAUGCGGCUCUUCGCAGCGAAGACAGGCGAGAAUUAGAAUCAUGGUUUUCGUAUUUGAAACUUAUUCUUACAGCACUCGAAAAAAUACCAUCCACACGAUGCCAUGUGUUUCGUGGAGUGAAUUUAGAUCUAACUAAUCAAUAUAUUCAAGGAAAAAGAUUUGUCUGGUGGGGAUUUUCUUCAUGCACAACAUCGAUAGAAAUACUCGAAAACCAACAAUUCUUAGGCAGAACUGGUCAGAGAACACUGUUUACUAUUGAAUGUGAUAGUGGCAAAGAUAUCAGUCGUCAUUCAUAUUAUCAAAAGGAAAAAGAAGUUCUUCUUCUACCUGCUCGACAGUUUAUUGUAGUAGGUUGUCUUCAACCGGCACCAAGCCUUCAUAUGAUUCAACUAAAAGAAGCAAAACCUCCAAUUAAUCUUUUACAACCGAUUACAAAGCAAUCUGCGCAGGUUAAACCAACACCAAGCCUUCAUAUGAAUCAAUUAAAAGAAACAAAACCUUUAAUUACUCUUUCACAACCGGUUACGAAUCAGUUUGUGCAGAUUAAAUCAACACCGACUUUUUACCAAUCAAAUCAUUCCACAAUUGGUGCAGCGACUAUAUCAAAGAAUUCAAUAACAACAAAUCAAAUAUCAACUCAAUCUCAAAUAAAACACCAACAAAUUCUAACAGAAAAUAAUAAGUAUCAACAAUUUGCAGUUACUGUUGCUGGAGGAAAUGGAAAAGGAGAUCAAUUAAAUCAACUCUCUGAUCCUUUAGGAAUCUGUAUUGAUGAUGAUAAAUCAAUUUACGUUGCUGAUUCUGAGAAUCAUCGUAUUGUUAAAUCGGAAUUGAAUUCAAAGACUGGUCAAAUUACUGCAGGUGGAAAUGGAAGUGGUAAUCAAAAUAAUCAAUUGCAUGGGCCAACAGAUAUAAUUUUUGAUAAACAAAAUAAUUUUUUUAUUAUUUCGGAAUGGGAAAACAAACGAGUAAUUCGAUAUUUUGAUCCAAAGCUAACAAAUCCACAAAUUAUCAUUUCAAAUAUUACUUGUUAUGGUCUAACAAUCGAUAAAAAUAGAUUUAUUUAUGCUUCUGAUUGGGAGAAUCAUGAAGUAAGACGAUGGAAACAAGGAGAUAGAAAAGGUGAAUUAGUUGCAGGUGGAAAUGGUCAAGGAAAUCAUCCUAAUCAACUUAAUGGUCCUACUAAGAUCUUUAUUGAUGACGAUUAUUCUCUUUAUAUAUCAGAUUAUUGGAAUCAUCGUGUAAUGAAAUGGAAAAAAGACGCAAAAGAAGGAAUUAUUGUUGCUGGUGGAAAUGGUAAAGGAAAUAGUCUCAAACAAUUGUCUCUUCCUUAUGGAGUGAUUGUUGAUCAUUUGGGUCAAAUCUAUGUGGCAGAUUGGGCGAAUCAUCGAAUAAUGCGUUGGUGCGAAGGAGAUGAAGAAGGUGAAAUUGUUAUUGGCAAAAAUGGUAGAGGAAAUGAAUCAAAUCAAUUGAAUUUUCCCACAGGUUUAUCAUUUGAUAAUGAAGAAAAUCUUUAUGUUGUUGAUCAAUUAAAUCAUCGAAUCCAAAAAUAUGAAAAAAUGUGA